AGACUAUCAAAGUAUUUUUCAACUGGACUGUCACUGCACUUGAACUUGGAAUCCUGUGACCUGAAGAACUGCAUUGGAGAAAAGGAAAAACUCCUGACAAAUGGGGAAUUAUAAAUCUAGACCAACCCAAACUUGUACUGACGAAUGGAAGAAGAAAGUCAGUGAAUCUUAUGUUAUUAUAAUAGGAAGAUUAGAAGAUGACCUGCAGAUCAAGGAAAAAGAAUUUACAGAACUAAAGAAUAUAUUUGGCUCUGAUGAAGCCUUCAAUAAAGUCAAUUUAAAUUACCGCACUGAAAAUGGGCUGUCACUACUACAUUUAUGCUGCAUUUGUGGGGGCAACAAGUCACAUAUUCGAACCCUUAUGUUAAAAGGGCUCCGCCCAUCUCGACUGACAAGAAAUGGAUUUACAGCAUUGCAUUUGGCAGUUUACAAGGACAGUGCAGAAUUGAUCACAUCCCUGAUUCACAGUGGAGCUGAUAUACAGCAAGCUGGAUACGGUGGCCUUACUGCUCUCCACAUUGCUGUGAUAGCUGGUCACCUAGAGGCUGCUGAUGUGUUAUUGCAACAUGGUGCUAAUGUCAAUGUUCAAGAUGCAGUUUUUUUCACUCCAUUGCACAUUGCAGCAUACUACGGGCAUGAACAGGUAACCCGCCUCCUUUUGAAAUUUGGUGCUGAUGUAAAUGUAAGUGGUGAAGUUGGAGAUAGACCUCUCCACCUAGCAUCUGCAAAGGGAUUCUUUAAUAUUGCAAAACUUCUGAUGGAAGAUGGAAGCAAAGCAGAUGUGAAUGCUCAGGAUAAUGAAGACCACGUCCCACUCCAUUUCUGUUCUCGAUUCGGACACCAUGAUAUAGUGAAGUACCUGCUCCAAAGUGAUUUGGAAGUUCAGCCUCAUGUUGUUAAUAUCUAUGGAGACACCCCUUUGCACCUGGCAUGCUACAAUGGCAAAUUUGAAGUUGUUAAGGAAAUCAUUCAAAUAACGGGAACAGAAAGUCUGACUAAGGAAAACAUCUUCAGUGAAACAGCUUUUCACAGUGCUUGUACCUAUGGAAAGAGCAUUGAUCUGGUUAAAUUUCUUCUUGAUCAGAAUGUUGUAAAUAUCAAUCACCAAGGAAGAGAUGGCCAUACAGGAUUACACUCUGCUUGCUACCAUGGUCACAUUCGCCUGGUUCAGUUCUUACUGGAUAAUGGAGCUGAUAUGAAUCUAGUAGCUUGUGAUCCCAGCAGGUCUAGUGGUGAAAAAGAUGAGCAGACAUGUUUGAUGUGGGCUUAUGAAAAGGGCCAUGAUGCCAUUGUCACACUCCUGAAGCAUUAUAAGAGACCCCAGGAUGAACUGCCCUGUAAUGAAUAUUCUCAGCCUGGAGGAGAUGGCUCCUAUGUGUCUGUUCCAUCCCCAUUGGGGAAGAUUAAAAGCAUGACAAAAGAGAAAGCUGAUGUUCUCCUCCUAAGGGCUGGAUUGCCUUCACAUUUCCAUCUUCAACUCUCAGAAAUUGAGUUCCAUGAGAUUAUUGGCUCAGGAUCUUUUGGGAAAGUAUAUAAAGGACGAUGCAGAAAUAAAAUAGUGGCUAUAAAACGUUAUCGGGCCAACACUUACUGCUCCAAAUCAGAUGUGGAUAUGUUUUGCAGAGAGGUGUCUAUUCUCUGCCAGCUCAAUCAUCCCUGUGUAAUUCAGUUUGUGGGUGCUUGCUUGAAUGAUCCCAGCCAAUUUGCCAUCGUCACUCAGUACAUAUCAGGAGGUUCUCUGUUUUCCCUCCUUCAUGAGCAAAAGAGGAUUCUUGAUUUGCAGUCUAAAUUAAUUAUUGCAGUAGAUGUUGCCAAAGGUAUGGAAUACCUUCACAACCUGACACAGCCAAUUAUACACCGUGACUUGAACAGCCAUAACAUUCUUCUCUAUGAGGAUGGGCAUGCAGUGGUAGCAGAUUUUGGAGAAUCAAGAUUUCUACAGUCUGUGGAUGAAGACAACAUGACAAAACAACCUGGGAACCUCCGCUGGAUGGCUCCAGAGGUGUUCACGCAGUGCACGCGCUACACCAUCAAAGCCGACGUCUUCAGUUACGCUCUGUGUCUGUGGGAACUCCUCACCGGCGAGAUUCCUUUCGCCCACCUUAAGCCAGCAGCUGCAGCAGCAGACAUGGCUUACCACCAUAUUAGGCCUCCCAUUGGCUAUUCCAUUCCCAAACCCAUAUCAUCUUUGCUGAUGCGAGGGUGGAAUGCAUGUCCUGAAGCAAACGCCUCCUUUUUCGAAAGGUAA